ACUUGAUCUGGCUGAGACAUCGUCUCUUCCGUGUGUACUUAAAUCCGUGCUCAAUGUGCCUUCGACCUCCCUGUUUCCCUUCUUAUUCGAAAAUUGCUGUUCGUCAGCUCUCUUCUUCGCCUCUUUGGCUCUCGCGGAGGUCUGGCUCGCUUUGCUCUGCCGCAUGCGGGCCAGCGCAUGCACGUGUUUCCUCACGUAGUACCACGUGCAUCAUCUUUUUCGCGUCCCUUCUUUCCGCUAGCGAUUCCUUGACAGCAUCCGACUUUUCCAGCUUUUCUUCUCCCCUUCUUGAUACCCGUUGCCUAGACUAGUGUGCCCCUUCCCCGCGUAUUUUGUGUCCCCUGUCUGACCCUUUGACGGCCUUUCGCUCGCUCCUCUCACCGUUUCCAUGUCUCUUGCCGCUGAGCGGUGUCCGGCUCCUUUUCUUGUCGAUUGACCCCUUUUAGAUAAACAAGAGAGACGACAAACAGAUCUCUUCGCGCCGCGGUGGUUGUUGAGACCCGUGUUCGUCGAAUCUUACGCGCUGACUGACUCCCCGAUUGCCGCCUGUUCGCGCUCUUUUUCCCCUUCUCGGUUCGCCCUGACCUCCUCUCCCUUCAUUCCCCUAUUUCUUCCUGUCUUUUCUGCUUUCGCCAUUGCUCCACACUUGCCCUUGGAGUCUCACCCUCGCCAGACCGGACAAGAUGGCGACGCUUCGCCGCGCGGACGUAUUUGACUUAUUCGCCAUGCAAAAUGCGAACUUCAUCAACCUCCCGGAGAAUUACAUCAUGAAGUACUACUUCUUCCACGCAGUUUCUUGGCCGCAACUCCUCAGCGUCUCUCAUGACUCUCAGGGGAAACUCGUUGGCUACGUUCUGGCAAAACUAGAGGAAGACGACCCUACAGACCACCAUGGACAUGUCACCUCUGUCGCAGUGUUGCGUCAAAGCCGAAAACUCGGCCUUGCCUCCAAACUCAUGAACAUGACGCAGCAUGCAAUGGAGGAAGUUUUCGACGCCGACUACGCCUCCCUGCAUGUGCGCGUCACAAACAGAGCCGCCUACUCGCUCUACAAGCACACUCUGGGCUACAGAAUUCACGACAUCGACAAGGAGUACUACGCCGACAAGGAAGAUGCAUUCAGCAUGAGAAAUUACUUCUCCCCAGAAAAACGAAAAAUGAAGAAAGCUGCUAGCGGACCAGAUCCCCCCAGUGCGACGUUAGAAAAAGCAGUGGCGAAGGCCGAAGAAGGAAAGAACUCAGCCGACGCUGCGCCUUCCGGAGAAGCGAAGACAGAGGAAGAGUCCAAGAGCCAAGAGGGCGGCGGCGCGGGUGCGAGCAGCUCCGGAAAGAAGAAGAAGAAGCGAUGAACAGUGACAAACAGCCAUUAGGUGGCUCGUUCGUUUCUUCCGUUUUCUUCUCUCUACCGUCUUGCACUGCUUCUUCUCUUUUCCUUUCUCUUCUUCGCGUGCUGUCUUCUUGCAGUGAUGCUUUCCCUUUCUCGAGAGCCUCUGGUCUCUCGGCUUCCACUGCCCAACGCGUUUUCGCUUCAAAAGUCUCGUUGCUGCAUCCCUCUUCGUUUCUUUUCACGCUGAACUUCUCCCUCCUCUGUUCCUGCCGUUUGGGAGGGGGGGAGAGAUUCAAACCGCUGAGCAUUUGUUCCACAUUGCCCCGCGUUGGGGCAGCGGCCUCUCUGUGAUCUCUGUCUCGUUCUCAACUCUCUCGCCCUCAACCCACUCUCCGUCUCGGA